AUGGAGCUCAAGGCCAAAGGAUUCACCUCUAUCAAGGCACUACUUGUAGAGGACAUUGAAGUUUGUAGGUUGGUCCUCUCAACGUUUCUGCUCAGACUUCACUGUGAGGUUACUCUAGCCAUGAAUGGGAAGGAAGCUGUUGAUUUGUUCCUUGAGGGGAAAAAGUUUGACAUUGUUUUGUUUGAUAAGGAUAUGCCCGUCAUGACUGGUCCAGAGGCAAUUGUGAAGAUCCGUGCUAUGGGGGAAACUGAUGUGAAGAUUGUUGGGGUUUCUGCCAAUAAUCAUGCCAUGGAGGCGUUCAUGAGUGCUGGUGCUGAUUUAUUUGUGCCCAAACCAAUAAGGAUGGAGGCCCUCGGUCCUAUCAUUCAGGAUGUCAUCAACAAGAAGACGAAUGACAUGGUCUAG